AUGAAUGAAAAAUUAACGCAAUCUACAGAUUCUUUUUAUGAUGAUGAUGAUAAUAAUAAUAAUACAAUAUCACCGCCAUCAUUAAUCUCAAAUAUUCAUAUAGUAACUUCAAAACCACCGAUUUAUCGUCAACAAACUCAAAAUUCAAAUUCUUCAAAUAUUUCUGAUCAUGAUAUUACUGAUGUAUCGUCAAUCAAUGAACAACAACAACAACAUCCAUUUCAUCUUGAAUCAAUGAAAAAUGUUCUAUUUGGUUUAUCAACUCCUACAACUGGUCUACCUUCACCUGUAUAUUCAGAUCAACAACGAUCAAUUAAAAAAGAUAUGCAAAUUCUAAAUAAUAAUUAUUAUCAAAAACCAUAUAUUCAUAAUUAUACAAAAGAUCAUCGAUUUCGUUUAACUUCAUCGGCAAUCAAUCGUCAACAACAACAACAAAGAAUUGAACGUGAAAAUUUAAAAAUCUUAGAACGUCUUCAAAAUAUUCGUCCAACUCGUAGUUUAAAACGAGAUGAAUUAUUAUCGAAUUAUGAUCGUCUUAUGAGUCUUAAUAUAUAUCCAAUUGAAUCACAUUUUCGUCUUCCUAAACGACCUUCAAGUACAACUAAUCUAUCAUCUACUUUUUCUAUAUCUGAAAGAUCUCAUCGUUCACAAAGUCGACCAUCAUCAGCUACAAAUUCAUUAAAUAAUAAUAAUAACAACAGUAUACGUUCUCGUCCUAUAUCAGCUAGUCAUCGUUCGUCAUCAGUACAAAGACGAAUAUGGAAUGAUCGUUGGCAACAACAAGAAUGA